AUGUCUGACAACGAGGAAAACCACGAACAUCACUUCGAGCAGGCAGCCUCUGGCGCCAGCUUGACCUAUCCUAUGCAGUGCUCUGCACUUAGGAAGAACGGAUCUUCACCGGCAAGAAGCUCGAAGAUAUCUCCCCCUCUACCCACAACAUGGAUGUCCCCAAUGUCAACCGUGUUGAAUUGCAGCUUCGUGAACAUCGACGAUGGCUUCCUCAAUCUCAUGACUUCGGAUGGACAGGCCAAGGACGACGUCAAGGUACCUGAGGGUGAUUUGGGCAAGGAUAUCCAGGCCGCUUUCGACGACGGAAAGGAUCUUCUCGUGACAAUCGUCUCCGCCAUGGGUGAAGAGCAGGCCAUGUCCUUCAAGGAGGCCGCUGGUAACAAGUAG